AUGAAGAAUAGAGAACGGUCUCUGGCGCAGUUGGCUGGGACAUGGAAUUCGAUAUUUUAUAUUAAGUAUCAGGUGCAUCCAAGGUGCCGUCCAGAAGAGAUAGGAUCAGAUAGAGCUACUUUUUCUGUUAAUCGUAAAAACGAUGCGAUUACAAAUUAUUUGAAUGGUCGAUAUAUAUGUACUUCUGAAGCGUUUUGGAGAAUUUUCAAUUUUGAAAUCCAUGAUAGAGAUCCGACAGUUCAGCACUUGGCUGUUCAUCUAGAAAAUGGACAGCGUGUUUUCUUUAAUGCUAAUAAUCUUCAUCAAGUUAUUGAAAAUCCAAGAAAAACGACACUAACUGCAUUUUUUGAACUGUGUUCACAUGAUAAUUUUGCGAAAACACUGUUCUAUCAUGAAGUUCCUUCUUAUUACACCUGGGAUAAUAGCAGAGGCUGGUUAAAGAGAAGACGGGGAAAAGAUGUUCCAGGUUGGCCAGGAAUAAAAAUGGACACUGCCAUUGGUAGAAUUUACACGAUUCACCCAAAUCAAAGUGAGUGCUUCCAUUUAAGAUUGUUACUAAAUUAUGUACAAGGUCCUACUUCAUUUGAAAGCUUGAAGGCCUUUGAUGGAGUCAUUCACGCGACUUUUAAAGCUACCUGUUUUGCUCUUGGGCUUUUAGAAAAUGACGAGCAAUGGAAAAAUACUCUAGCGGAGGCAACUCUUUCAGAAAGUCCUUCAAAAUUAAGAGAAUUAUUCGCAAUAAUCAUAGUUUUCUGCCAACCGUCUGAACCUCAAUCUUUGUGGGAACAGUUCAGAAAUGAUUUUUGUGAAGAUAUUCUUCAUACAGAGCGCACUCGAUUAAAUGACUUGCAAUUUACUUUUUCUGAUGAAAUAUUUAAUAGAGGUUUGAUUGAAAUAGAAGAUAAAGUUGUUUGUCUGUCUGAAAAAUAUUUAACUGAAUUUGGAAUGAACUCACCUGUUCGAAAUGAAAAUGCAUCUGAUCCUUUUGAAUUCUCAAUUUUGCGUUCUUACGAUAAUAACCGAUUACAAGAAUUUGUAGAAAUCAAUUUACCAAAAUUAGUAAAUGAUCAAAAAUAUGCUUUUAAUGUUAUUACAGAAAGCGUAAUAGCAUCCUCAGGUAAAGUUGCAUUAGCAGUAGCUUCAUCUGGUAUAGCAGCAACUCUCCUUAGUGGCGGCAGAACUGCUCACUCGACUUUCAAGUUACCGUUAAAUGUAUUAUUUGAUACAGAAUACGUUUGUCCGAUUCGUAAAAAUGGCCCUCUUGGAAAAAUUCUUCAAGAAACCUCAUUCGUUGAGUGGGAUGAGUGUACAAUGAGUCACAGAUCACAUAUCGAAGCAAUUGAUCGAACAAUAAAAGAUCUUAGGUGUAAUAAUAAGUUUAUGGGUGGCAUAACAUUUGUUUUCGCUGGUGAUUUCCGUCAAACCUUACCAGUAAUCCCUAAAGGUACUCGAGCUGAUGUCAUUAAUGCUUGCUUAAAAUCUUCCCCUAUAUGGAACUAUGUUGAAAAACUUUAUUUGCGAACAAACAUGAGAGUUUAUUUAUGCGGAGGGGACGAUAUUUUUCCAGCACAGUUGUUGAAAAUUGGAAAUGGAACUUUAGAAAAUGAAAAUGGUUACAUUUCUGUCGAUCACACAAUUGGACGGGUGGUCAAUAACGUGGAAGAGUUGAUUUCUACAGUUUAUCCUGACAUUUUUAAUCUGUCCAAUAAAUCUUAUCAGUGGUUAUGUGAAAGAGCUAUUAUCUCUCCAAGAAAUGUAACAGCAGAAGAAAUUAAUGAUAUCAUCCUUCUAAAAUUCGAUGGACACUCACGUGAAUGUCUAUCUAUUGAUACAGUUACAUCAACAGAUGAUGCUAUUCAUUAUCCACAAGAAUUUCUUAAUUCUCUUUCUCCUUCGGGAUUUCCUCCUCAUAAACUAAAAUUAAAAAUUGGUGCUCCAAUAACAUUAUUACGUAAUCUUCAACCACCGAACUUAUGUAACGAUACACAAUUACAAAUAAAAUCGUUGCGAAAUAAUAUUAUAGAAGCCGUAAUUCUUACAGGGCCAGCGAAAGGAGAAAUUGCAUUUAUUCCAAGAAUUCCCAUGAUUCCCUCUGACUUGCCGUUUUCUUUCAAACGGCUUCAAUUCCCGGUUAAAGUUUCUUUUGCGAUUACCAUAAACAAAGCACAAGGUCAAACAUUCAAUUCAACCAGCACUUCAUCAGGAGUAAUUGAAUCAUUUUUGUUGAUCGAGAGCAUAGCUAGACCAUUAAGAGUUCCACUAGAGGAACUUAUAACUGUUUGA